AUGAAAGCGAUAUUCGCAGAACAUGACUUUGAUACGACAUUCCUUCAGACAACUAUUCGUUUUGAUAACCCCGAAAGUAUUCCUAUAGGAAGUCGGUCACUAAAUGAUAGAGAGGGUGUGCCAAAAACCUAUGAUAUCUACAUAAUAUUACCUUCAAGGGCAGCCAAUAAGCCUUGGGGUACCCUUCGGGAAGUAACCGCAGGGUUACUGCCAAUCAACCCACGUUCUUAUCUAGAAGUAUUCUCUGAAUCAAAUCCCACCAAGACAACCGUAAUAGGUGAAACCUCCAAACAAAAAGUACAUCUAAAAUACGACCUUAAAACGAGGAAGACAACCGUUUUUCUGCAGGUUGGGGGAGAAAAAUUCAACUUCUGUCAGCUACUGCAGGACGCCUUUGUAGCUUUCAAGCGGGAAAAAGACACAGACCAAAGGGACCCCUUCUUUAUCAUCAUUAUAGCCCUAAGACAUUGGACAAACGUUUGGAGACGAGUCUUGGAUUACAUUAGUUUGAAAACGGAGUGGCUGGACCAAAAAGUGCAAGAUUUCAUCUCAUCCGACGGCAAUGAAGUUGAAAAGGAAUACGGCGAACUCAAUUCCAAAAUGCACAUUACACAACGACAUGUUUCUGCAAUGCGAUCGGAGAUUAUUGAGUCAAAGUUGAUAUUCAAAUUUACUCAGGAACAACAUACGAGUUUCUUAGAAUUUUCCGGCUUGAAGUCCGAAACCUCUACGAGGGUUCGGGAGCAAUUGACAGUGCUCCUUCUUGAUAUUGAGACUCUCGGUGUUCAUCUGGAACAAGAAUUAGAUAAAAUAAAGACUUCCUCUGCGUGGCUCUCCACCUCCAUCUCGUUAAAACACACAAAAGCCAUGAGAAUAGCCAGCGAAGAAUCACAUAAGGCUUCUCUCGCACUCAAAGAAAAUACAGACGCCAUGAAGGCUGGCGACGAUCUUUUACGAGAACUAGCGCAAGAGACUCUGCAAAGCAAUCUGGAAAUGAAGAAAAACGGUGAUGCUAUGCGGCAGAUAGCUGAAGAGAGUAAAAAAAUCGCCGAAGCUAAUAGCAAGGAGUCGGAAACCAUGACUCAAAUUGCAAAAAGCACACAGAAGGAUUCACAAUCCAUGAAGGUUCUUGCUUUUCUUACUAUGAUGUAUCUUCCCGGUGCAUUCGUUUCGAGUAUAUUCGGCUGGAGUAUCAUCUCAUUUGAUGUAUCUGAAGACGGGACUCAACAACUCGUCGUGGCAAAGGAGUGGCGGUUAUUCGUCAUAUCUACAGUAGCACUCACCAUCGGUACCGUUCUCGGAUGCUUGUGCUGGAUUUGGGUUAAUCGCAAAAAACUCGGUCCUAUUAAGCCGGCGGGCAGUGUGUAG